GGGGCUGCGCCCGCCCGCGGGGCGCAUGCGCGCUGCCGAGCGGCGCCCGCUCCCUCCCCGCCCACCCUCCCUCCUCCCCUUCCCCUCUCCCCUCCAUCCUCGCCUCUCUCCCUCUCUCCUCGCCCGCUGGGUGCUGAAGUUGGGCGGAUGGCAGCAAACCCGCUCCGCUAGAGGACCGAGCAGCCCAGCCUUGCGCCCCCGGACCCAUCGGUGCGCUGCCCACACCUCCAGGCGACGGGCCAGUUGGGUACUGAAGCAGCUGAAAUGCGAAAAAGACAGCAGUCACAAAAUGAAGGAACACCUGCUGUGUCUCAAGCGCCUGGAAACCAGAGGCCCAACAACACAUGUUGCUUUUGCUGGUGCUGUUGCUGCAGCUGCUCCUGCCUCACUGUUAGGAAUGAAGAAAGAGGAGAAAAUGCAGGAAGACCCACACAUACCACCAAAAUGGAGAGCAUCCAGGUCCUAGAGGAAAGCCAAAACCCCACUUCAGAUGAAGUGUUGUCCUGGUCUCAAAAUUUUGACAAGAUGAUGAAGGCCCCAGCAGGAAGAAACCUUUUCAGAGAGUUUCUCCGAACAGAAUACAGUGAAGAGAACCUACUUUUCUGGCUUGCGUGUGAAGACUUAAAGAAAGAGCAGAACAAAAAAGUAAUUGAAGAAAAGGCCAGAAUGAUAUAUGAAGAUUACAUUUCUAUACUAUCACCAAAAGAGGUCAGUCUCGAUUCUCGAGUUAGAGAGGUGAUCAAUAGAAAUCUGUUGGAUCCUAAUCCUCACAUGUAUGAAGAUGCCCAACUUCAGAUAUAUACCUUAAUGCACAGAGAUUCUUUUCCAAGGUUUUUGAACUCUCAAAUUUAUAAGUCAUUUGUUGAAAGUACUGCCAGUUCUACUUCUGAAUCUUAAUUUUCAUUAAAAAAAAAAAAUCAUUUUGGAGGGCUGGGAUGGGAAAUAAAAGUAGUUCACUAACACCAGAAGCUGAGUUCCUGGAGAACUACAGUUUAGCAUUCCUCAGGCUACUGUGAAAAUACAACCAUAUGGUCUUUGUCUCCAUUUUUAUCAAGGUUAUCCAUGGUUAAGUUUGGAGAAAAUACCACAUAAGACAAUGAAUUGCCAAAUUGUUUGUUUUAUUCAACACUCAUUCUACUUGCAAGCAAACUGUAUUUGUAGUCCUGUGAACAGUCUCCUAGUGUAUCCCCCGAGGCUGCAUGUACAAAGUAGAGCUGCUUCAUUUGCCACGUAGCUGUUGUAAUAUUUAAUCCAAUGGCAUAACUUAUAUCCGUGUUUAAGGACUUUUGUGCAAUAUGGUCUUAUAGAAAUAAUUGCCAAAAAAUUGGCUGUGGUUUGCAUUUUAAAUAUCUAAGACAGAAAAAGCCAAUUUUUUAGUUGUAACAAUGGUAUUAAACAUGCUCUAUACUGUGUUCAGUACACUCAUUUUGAAGCCGAUAUUUCUGUACUUGGAAAAAGAGCUAUUUAUCUAUGUUUGUUGGGAAAUCCUGAUGGGGGAUUCCUCUGGUUGUUCACUGCCAAAACUGUGGCAUUUUCUUUACAGAAUAGUUUGCUAUGUAAACAAAACAAAACAAAACAAAAAUUUAAAAAAACCCAACAAACAACAAAUAAUAAGAAGAAAAGAGAAAAAAGCACAAAACAAUUUGAAGAUAUUCUAUCUCAGUGACAAAUCAGA